GGUGCGUGUCCCCUGUGUCCGCUUCGGUCGCCCGGUUAGGAAUGCGCUGUAAAGCAUUGACGGUUAAAAAAUUGUUAGGAAGAUUCGGUAGAAGCUAAACUAUUACUCUCUGUUUCGCUUUGAUGUCAUUCAAAUCAGUGGCAUCUUCUCGUUCGAGUUUGCUCCAUUAUUUGUCGAUGCACGAUAGCUAGCUAGCUAGCUAUACCGCUAGCCAAGUCGGUGGCUAGCCAGCUUACAUUAGUAGCUAGUCAGCUACCAGCUACCGUAUCUGUUAGGUUCAGAUAGAUAGUCUUAUAGAUAGCUAAGAACAGAACGUCGGUCUAUUGGUGCCAUCAUUCGUUAAAUAUCGAAGAAGGGGUGACACGUGGGGGCCGGGAGAGAACGACGGAGGAGAAGUGAGCCAGGAGCGGCCGAUGAGUUCAGAUCAGGGUGGAGAGCCGCAGCUGCAGGAGGAGGUUGAGCCGGGAUCGAAAACCCGUGGGGAGGACGAGACCGCACUGGGGACCGGGGCAAACUCAGGCGGCAUGGUAACCUCCAAGGGAGCCGGUCUGAACCCUAAUGCCAAGGUGUGGCAGGAGAUCCCGGCAAUGCCCAGUGAGACGCCUGUGGACUGCACAGAGGUCUCCCCCUGGUCCCAGACCAGUAUCACUGAGGAGUCAUCCUCUGGAUGUAAACCAUACACACCUGGAUUCACACCCCCCGUUGACAACUCCUCCUCAGCCACGGCAGAAGGUGCUGUCAAUGGUAUGGACCCCCCAGACCUGGGCUUUUCUCUUUCUGAGCCCAGUAUUGGGACUACUGGGGAGUGCAAGGCAUCAGAGGAACAGCCCUUAUCAGCAGAGAACUUGAGAGAAUCCCUCAAAAAAGAACUUGAAUUUUGCUUCUCCAGGGAGAAUUUGUCCAAGGAUUUGUACUUGAUGUCCCAGAUGGACAGUGAUCAGUUUGUGCCCAUCUGGACCAUAGCCAAUAUGGAAGGAAUCAAAGUCCUCACCACUGACAUGGACCUCAUUUUGGAUGUGCUGAGAUCAUCUCCUAUGGUUCAAGUGGAUGAGAAAGGAGAGAAAGUCAGGCCCAAUCACAAACGUUGCAUCAUCAUCUUGAGGGAGGUUCCUGAAACCACACCUGUUGAGGAAGUGGAAGCCCUCUUUAAGAAUGACAACUGUCCAAAAGUGAUCAGCGUUGAGUUUGCACACAACAAUAAUUGGUACAUUACAUUCCAAUCAGAUACAGAUGCCCAACAGGCACACAGAUAUUUAAGGGAAGAAGUUAAAACAUUUCAGGGAAAACCAAUCAUGGCCAGAAUAAAAGCCAUCAAUACGUUCUUUGCAAAGAAUGGCUACCGUAGCCUGGACUGCAGCAUGUACUCCCAUCAGUCCCAAACGCAGUCCCAGUAUAGUUCCCCCCUCUUCAUGCAGCCUGUCUACAGCCCUCAGCAGCAGUACCCUCUCUAUGGCAUCGUUCAUCCCACAUGGACUCCAUCUCCUCCUCCGUACUUUGAAACUCCCCUGGCACCUUUUCCAAAUAGCGGUUUUGUCAAUGGAUUUAGCUCACCUGGACACUACAAAACGAACUCAAACUCCCUGAACAUCGGUCGCCCCUUCAGCCGAAACCGCGUUCCGCUUUAUUCAAGAAAGAAUGUAAUAAAUGCCUUCAGGAACCAUGUGAAGCCUCAGACGAGACCCACCGAUGGGGUGGCCUCCACCGUGAGCCUGGUCGACGGCCUGCCUGGCGUGCGGAGUCCCCAGCCUCCCUCCAGCAGUAGCUCUCUGCCGGGCUCCUCUGAGCUCAGCUCCUCCUUCCCCCACCUGUCCUCCUCUGAACCUGCAGACGACUCCAGCGUGGCUGGCCGUGGAAGGAGGGGUCCAUACAGAGGCACACGGAGAAAGAGAGAGGACGAGCGGACUUUGAGACCAGCUCCACUUGCUGAGGUGAAAGCUCCACAGCCUAAAUUUGAUCUGGCCGCUUCCAACUUCCCCCCACUGCCCGGCUCCUCCGGAAGCCCCCAGGGUGAGCCGGUGUUGGAGAACCGCAUGUCCGACGUCGUCAGGGGCUUGAACAGAGACAAGCAGUCCGAUGCAAACAAGGAAUCUGCAGCAAGUCCUGCUGUUCCAGCUUCAGAGGAGACUGUGUCCAGGUCAGCCCAGCCCAUGGGCAAACUCGCUUCACACCCUCCGGAGGCUGGCGUGUCCGGCUCAAAUCAUCAGGAGAAGAAAGCCGAGAAGGCAGAACCUCUGGCCCGUAAAGAAACACCUGUGAUCCUUACACCUGCUGCACCUGCUCCGACCACCUCAGCGCAGCCAGCGCCUGGUCCCAAACCUCAGCCCACCCCUGCAGCCCCACAGGCCAGCCCUGGCCCCGCCAGCAACCCCACAAUGGAGCCACGUAAGCUGAGCUAUGCAGAGGUGUGCCAGCGACCACCCAAGGACCCUCCUCCUGCUCCUCCUCCUCCUGCAAGCAGCGGCAGUCCGGGCAGCACGACUGCGCAGCCGCUGAGAGAGCUGCGUGUGAACAAGGCAGAGGAGCCGUCCUCCAGCUCCGCGGACAAACCCGAUCGGGCCCAGGAGCGAGGGAACGACUGCAAGACCAGGGACAGCCGGCCGGCCCGUGACUCCCAGAGCUUCUACCGCAGCAACGGGCCGCCCAGAUCCGCCGGCGGAGGGCUCAAGGCCCGCGAGCAGCAGAGACGCCCGCCGUUCGGCCGCCGUGGCUCCCCGCAAGGAGCCCCUAGACAUGCCGGCAAGGAGCAGAACAUCCCCCCCAUGUCGCCAAAGUAAAAAGACUUUGAGAAGAAAU